UUAUUUGUUUCUUAUAAUAAUAUUUUUCCCUGGAUAUUCAUUCAAGUCCAAUACUUUCCUUGUAUGUAUUAAAAGAGAUUAAGUUCAUUAAUAUUAAAUAAAUACGUGUAGAGAACGAACCCGAGAUCUUUUCCUUUUUUAUGUUGUAUACAAACCCUAUACAAACCCUAGAAUUCGCGUGAAAUUUAAGAUUGGGACUUGCAACUUUUCGUCGAUUCAGAAUAGCGAUAGUUGCGAAUUACCCAUUUCAAGAGUAAAAGGAAUCGUGGGGGUUACAGUUUGCUGUUAGGAUCUUGACGGGUUCUUUAACAGAGAGGGAAAGAGAGGUAAAGAGUGGGCGAGGGUAAAAAUGAUGUCAAGAUCAUAUACCAAUCUUUUAGAAUUGGCAUCCGGGAAUUUCCCGGUAAUGGGGAGGGAGAGGGAGAGGGAGAGGGAGCGCAGGCGGUUUCCCAGGGUGAUGACGGUCCCGGGGAGUAUUACUGAGCUCGAUGAUGAUCAGGCCCACAGUGUGUCAUCUGAUAAUCCUUCUUCCCUUGCUUCAGAUCGGAUGAUUAUUGUGGCAAAUCAGUUGCCUCUAAAAUCAAAGCGAAGGCCGGAUAAUAAAGGAUGGAGUUUUAUUUGGAAUGAGGAUUCUUUGCUUUUGCAACUUAAGGAUGGUUUGCCGGAAGAUAUGGAAGUGUUAUAUGUUGGUUCAUUGGGGGUUGAUGUUGAUCCGAUUGAUCAGGAUGAUGUUGCACAACAUUUGUUGGAAAAAUUUAAAUGUGUCCCUACUUUUCUUCCACCCAAUAUUCUAGAGAAAUUUUAUGAUGGUUUCUGCAAGAAGCAGUUAUGGCCACUUUUUCAUUACAUGUUGCCAUUUUCAGCUGAUCGUGGAUGCCGGUUUGAUCGAUCUAUGUGGGAAGCGUAUGUAUCCGUGAAUAAGUUAUUUUCACAAAAGGUGAUUGAGGUUCUAAAUCCAGAGGAUGAUUUUGUUUGGAUCCACGAUUAUCAUUUGAUGGUGUUGCCCACCUUCUUGAGGAGACGCUUUAUCCGUUUGAGAAUGGGGUUUUUCCUUCACAGUCCAUUUCCUUCAUCUGAGAUUUAUAGGACUCUUCCUGUUAGAGAAGAAAUCCUCAAGGCUCUACUAAAUACAGACCUUAUUGGUUUCCACACCUUUGAUUAUGCUCGGCAUUUCCUUUCUUGUUGCAGUCGUAUGUUAGGUUUGGAAUAUCAAUCAAAGAGGGGCUAUAUUGGGUUAGAAUAUUAUGGAAGGACUGUUGGAAUAAAGAUUAUGCCAGUUGGGAUUCAUAUGGGUCAGAUAGAGUCGGUGAUGAAACUUGCAGAUAAGGAGCAGAAAAUUGGAGCACUCAAGCAGCAAUUCGAAGGAAAAACUGUUUUGCUUGGGGUUGAUGACAUGGAUAUAUUUAAAGGUAUCAAUUUGAAGCUGUUAGCAAUGGAACAAUUGCUCAAGCAACAUCCAAAGUGGCAUGGAAGGGCUGUGCUUGUCCAGAUUGAAAAUCCUACAAGAGGUAAAGGGUUAGAAAUAGAGGGUACACAGGCUGAAAUAAGCGAAAGCUGCAAGAGGAUCAAUGAAAUAUAUGGGAAGCCUGGUUAUGAACCGAUUGUUUUAAUUGACAGGCCAUUGUCAGUCAGUGAAAAAAUUGCAUAUUACAGUAUUGCUGAGUGUGUUGUUGUUACAGCCGUGAGGGAUGGGAUGAACCUCACUCCAUAUGAAUAUAUUGCUUGUAGACAGGGAAUAUCUGCUGCAGAAUCUGGUUCAAAUUUGAAUGGCUCGAAGAAGAGCAUGUUGGUUGUAUCAGAAUUUAUUGGGUGUUCUCCUUCACUCAGUGGGGCAAUCCGUGUCAACCCAUGGAAUGUUGAAGCAACUGCAGAGGCAAUGAAUGAAGCUAUAUCGAUUUCUGAACCUGAGAAACAGUUGCGACAUGAGAAGCAUUAUCGUUAUGUUAGCACCCAUGACGUGGCUUAUUGGUCAAGAAGCUUUUUGCAAGAUAUGGAGAGAACUUGUGCAGAUCAUUUUAGGAAAAGAUGUUGGGGAAUUGGUUUAGGCUUUGGGUUCCGAGUUGUGGCUCUUGAUCCUAAUUUUAGAAAGCUCUCAAUAGAUACUAUUGUCUCAGAUUACUGUAGGGCUAAGUGUAGAGCCAUACUUUUAGACUACGAUGGAACUGUGAUGCCCCAAAACUUCAUAAACAAGAGUCCUAGUGCAGAGGUCAUCUCAAUCAUGAACAGACUUUGUGGAGACCCACGUAAUACAGUCUUCAUUGUUAGUGGAAGAGGCAGGGACAGCUUGAGCAAGUGGUUUUUUCAUUGCAGGAAUCUUGGAAUUGCGGCUGAACAUGGUUACUUCUUGAGAUGGUCACAAAGUGAAGAAUGGGAAAUCUGUAGCCAGAGUUCUGACUUUGGAUGGAUGCAAAUUGCCAAACCUGUAAUGAAAUUGUAUACUGAAGCUACUGAUGGUUCCUCUAUUGAAACCAAGGAAAGUGCAUUAGUAUGGCAGUACCGAGAUGCAGACACAGGCUUUGGAUUCUCUCAGGCAAAAGAGAUGUUAGAUCAUCUGGAGAGUGUUUUAGCAAAUGAACCUGUUGCUGUAAAGAGUGGGCAGUUCAUUGUAGAAGUGAAGCCUCAGGGCGUCGGCAAAGGCUUUAUUGCAGAGAAAAUCUUUGCAUCAAUGGCUGAAAAAGGGAAACAGGCUGAUUUUGUGCUUUGUAUUGGAGAUGACAGAUCCGAUGAGGACAUGUUUGAAAUAAUUGGUGAUGCCAUGGCAAGAAAUGUCCUUUCUGCAAAUGCUUCGGUGUUUGCCUGCACAGUUGGACAAAAGCCGAGCAAAGCCAAAUACUACCUGGAUGACACUACUGAAGUGAUUACCAUGCUUGAAUCUCUUGCUGAAGCCACUGAUUCUCCUGCCUCCUCUGAUGAAGAAAGUGAUGGCUCCCAUUGAAAUCUAAAGUCAGGUUUACUGCUUUAUAUUUACCUUGGUUCCCUUCUCUGGUGGAAUGUACAGUCCAGAUUAGCUGAUGGCACAUUUUCAUGUAUAGGGUGGUAGGUGUCAUUGGACUUGCAGUUUUCCUUUCCUUUCCCUUGUUUUUUCUUUGUUUUUCCCAUCAUCUCUUUAUAUUUUGGUCCCUUUUGUGGUAAGUGGUAUAUCCUAAAAUUGUUAGGCAUGUUUCCACCAUGAGCAGAUUUACAAGAAGAAAGGUCCCACGGGACUGGGGGCCAGAUUUAAAGGUUCCACGGGACUGGGGGCCCACUGUUGAGUGCUCAACAGUAAGAACAGCGGUAACUUGGAUUAUCAGGUGAGAAUGCCAAGGAGGUGUUUGCAUUAGGUUUUUGAUUAUGGUUUUGAGUGGAAUCCUUGAUCGAUAUCAGGAAUUGGAAGGCAUCUCAAACUUAAGGGUUUUUUGGGCAUUUCAAACAUGUGUAAAUUUGUAGGAAGGUUUAAAUUGAAUGAUAUCUCUCCAUCAAAAGUCAAACCCGAAACUAGAUGGUCAAUUUUUGUUUGGAAAAUGUCGGGCUCUGCUAUAUGGGUUCCACUUGGAGAGAAGCAGAUGUGGUGAUUUGUGUUCAAAGGGGAGCUUUAAUACUUGUACAUGUCAACAUUCUUCUACUGCAAUGGACAAAUAAGCCAAAGUUUAGUCCAUGACCCAUUAUUUGCUAGUGGGUGAAAGAAAGCUGGUGUGUGACCAUCCUUUUUGUUGCGUAACAAUAGUAAUUUGGAUUUGAGAAGUUCUUGUAAUGACAUUGAACAUGCCCUAUUGGGCGGUUAUUUCCUGUGGAAUAUUACUAUCCUUUGAUGCAAUUAUUAAUUUGCAUUAGUCA